CUUGCAAUCAUGGAGUUCCCCACAGACCCACCAAACUAUUGCCGAAUCCCAAGAAACAUCAACUUUAUGAUGUUUUUCUUUGAUUUCUUCUUCUCUGCAGUUGACUGCCUUUUCCUCCUCUUCUAUAAUCUAAAUCACCUUCUUUACCUCACUUUUCCAAAGCAGAACCUCCUUUUAAAUAGAUAGAAACCAUUCCACAUUUAAGAAUCAUUUAAUUGUAGUAUUCUAUCAUUGUUUGAGUGUGUUCAGUUAUGGAAGCCACUGCACCUUUCUUCCCUCUAGAUGAUUUCUCAACUGGGUAUCUUCAAGAUGCUUUGGUGGAGUGGAAUGAUCGAUGUAAGAGAAGAAGAUUAGACUUGUAUGAUCAUGGUCAUGAUCAAAGAACAUGUUUGGAGAACUACUGGAGCUCGAAUUGGACUGAAGACCCACUUGAGAAUUUUAAUUGCUUGAACAAGAUAACUGAAGCCAAUAGAGUUUCAGAUGAAUCAUUGAACUCCUCAAUUAGCAGCAUAAGUGAAGGAGAAACUAUUUUCUCAGAGAUCAAAACAUUAGAAGACUCAGUGUCAGCCCCUCAUGAAACAAAUAAAUCUCCAUACGAGGACCCACUUGUAGGAAAGUUCAUGCAUGACAGAGAAACCCAAAUUUCUAGAGAACCUAGAUCUUCCUCAGAUGAAGGAGGAUUUAAAAGGAAGAAGAAGGUCAUAACUGGAGUGGUUUACCCAUUUGCAUUAGUGAAACCAGGAGGAGUGGAUGGUGACAUGACCCUAAAUGAUAUCAAUGAGAGGAUCCUUAUGCCACCAACUAGACCGGUAAGGCACCCGGUGGGGGACUUUGCUGGUCGUCCAUUUGUGUCUCCAGAUGGGCCAGGUCUCUCUGGGAAAGCAGUAGUGGCCCUCACCAGAAUUCACACUCAAGGAAGAGGAACCAUCACAAUCAUCAGAACCAGAGACUGAA